CCAGUCCGAUAGACAGCGCUGCGCGUGCAUCAACUUAGUCCUUCAAGAGAAGUUGUUUUGAAAACGCCAGUGUUCAAAUACACACAGUCCAGAAAAGGGACAUCGUCUAUAAUCAUUUAACUCUCUCACCAGAAGGCCAGCAGGGUUGUAUCAUCGAUCCACUUAAUGCUGUGCCCUUUGGCCAGCGUUUCAAAUGAACAUGUCUCUUGCUCAAAGAGUUCUCCUGACAUGGAUCUUCACACUUGUAUUCCUUAUCAUGCUGGUCCUCAAGUUGGAUGGGAAGAUCUUUUGGAGCUGGUUCCUCAUCUUCCUUCCUGUCUGGACCUUUGAUCUUAUUCUCCUCCUCAUGCUCAUUGUCAAAAUGGCAGGCCGGUGCAGGCCGGGCUUUGAGCCUCGCAACGGGGCGGAGAACUUGAAGAAGCGCGUGUGGUACCUCAUGGCCAUGCUGCUUAAACUGGCAUUUUGUCUGACACUCUGUGCCAAAUUAGAAGGCCUAAUGGACAUCUUGGUGAGCUCUGUUUGCAUCCCUCUGUGGGCACUGCUCAUUGGAGCUAUGGCCGAACUGGGCUACAACGUUUUCCACUUUAGAAGAGACUGAACAUAUGAAUGGUAUUCUUUGAAAACCAGCUUUACUGUAUUCUUCGGGAAUGAAAUCAUCUUGAAAGUAGAUGUUAUUCAUAAAGAAGGGAAUAUAUAAUGGACAAUAAGAAUGUACAUCUGUUUCGAGCUCUUUAUCAGGAGUUGCUUGUUUCUUUCAGGCUCAAGAGUGACUAUGCUGAAUAGCUUACGUUUCUUGUUCACAAUGAUGCAGGGAGGGUUACGUAUAUUUUGGCUCUGGUCAGUUUCCACUCAGGUGACUGAAAUGACUGAUUGUGAAUGUUGCUCAGAAUAUUUCUAGCAUUUUAGUGAAACACUGAGAUCAUUAGCGGCAUACUAUAAUGGACAUUUGAAAAAUAACCAUUUACGUGCUGCAUACACACUGUUUGUUCUACCAGUACUGUAACACAACAUGGUUUGCUUACAGAAAAGACAUGCGUUCUACAAUAAUGGUGUAUAUUUAUGAAUCUUCGUUUCUUUAUCAUGCACUUAUGCUUUGCAUUCCAGAACUUGCGUGUGUACAUAUUUACAAAAUCUAAUUUAAAUUUUCUCUUGCGCAGAGUGUGUAAAUAAUAAUAAAGAGUAAUAACAGCA